UGCCACGUGCCAGUGCCCAUCAGUGCCACGUGCCAGUGCCCAUCAGUGCCACGUGCCAGUGCCCAUCAGUGCCACAUCAAUGCCAAAUAAUGCAGACCAGUGCACAUCAAUGCCACAUAUCAGUGCCCAUCUGAGCUGCCUUUCAAUGUCACCCAUCAGUGCCAGUCAGUGCCACCUAUCAAUGCCAAUCACCAGUGCCGCCUAUCAGUGCCAGUCAGUGCCGCCUAUCAGUGCCAGUCAGUGCCACCUAUCAGUGCCGCCUAUCAAUGCCAUAUAUCAGUGUCAUGUAUCAGUGCUGCCUUUCAGUGCCCAUCAGUGAUGCCU